AAGUGGAUACUAUUUUUACUGGCGAAAAGGAAAAGAUAGAAAAACUAUUAUUUUUUGUACUCAAUUGUCAUCUAUACCUUUAAAUUUAUUUUUUAUAUAAUUUUUUUACAAACAUAAUUUUCCUAAAAAAAAUUUUAAUCCAAACUUUAAUAAGGAAGCAAAGCAACGGGGGAAGCUGCCAAUUGGCCAUGUGGGCGUGGUCGGUGAUGUAAAAUAGAAUCUCUGGUCCAAAACAAUGGCUUCUAAAAAGUGGGGCACUCAUCAAAGCAUCUUAAAAUGCUACAAAUUUUGACAUCACCCUUUUCCCCCAUUCAUAUAAAGUUUCAUUCUUUUUUUCAUUCAGUAAAUCUUAUUCUCUGUUAUUCUUCCACGCUGCAUACCUCUCUUCCAUUGGCCCAUUCCCCUUUUCAAAGCCCCAAAACCAAUACAUUUUUUUCCUCUGUGUCUCUCUCAACUCGCGGUAACCUCUUUCUCUUUUCUCUCUCUUCCCAUUGUAAACGUGUUUCGUUUUUUUAUAUUUUGUUGUUUUGGGUGAUUGCAGAAAUGGAUGCAACGAUCAGUCCUGGAUUAUACCCUUUGCACCGUUGUAAAACUCUCCAUCUGGUGAGGCAUGCUCAGGGGGUUCAUAAUGUAGCAGGGGAAAUAGAUCACGCUGCUUAUUCAUCUGAAGAAUAUUUCGAUGCCCAUCUCACUCCUCUGGGCUGGCAACAGGUUGAUCAUCUGCGCAACCAUGUUCAUGAAACUGGGCUUUCUAAGAAAGUGGAUUUGGUCAUUGUUUCCCCUUUGCUCAGGACUAUGCAAACUGCGGUGGGAGUCUUUGGUGGUGAGGGGUAUAAGGAUGGGAUAGAAGUUCCUCCACUAAUGGUGGCAAAUGCAGGGCAAAGUGACCGUCCUGAGAUUUCAAGCUUGAAUUGCCCACCAUUUGUAGCUGUUGAACUUUGUCGAGAACAUUUGGGAGUCCAUCCAUGUGAUAGAAGAAGAAGCAUCAACGAGUAUCGGUCUCUCUUUCCUGCAAUUGAUUUUUCUCUGAUCGAAAAUGACGAUGACGUUUUAUGGAAAGCUGACACCAGAGAAAAGAACGAAGAGGUUGCAGCCAGAGGAAUGAAGUUUCUCAGCUGGUUGUGGACGCGUAAGGAGAAGGAAAUUGCAAUUGUUACGCACAGCGGAUUCUUGUACCAUACGUUAAGUGCUUUUGGUAGUGAUUGUCAUCCAUCGGUGAAAGACGAAAUAUGCAAACACUUCAAGAAUUGUGAGCUCCGGUCCGUAGUUAUCAUCGAUAGAAGUAUGAUGGGAUCAGAUCCUGCAACUACUAACUAUCCUGGAAAAAUCCCUAGUGGCCUUGAUCUUCCAAGUGAUGUUGCUGAUGAGAAGCUUCCGGAUGAAGGAAAAGUGAAUUAGUUUCUUCUUUUUUCGUGUUCCGAGGAUCGAUCGAGCAUUGAACAUUCAGUUUGAUUUUCUAACAUGAUUCAUCACAAAUUUACAGAGAGCUAAUCUGUUAGGUACUCGGAACAAUUUUUGUAAGCUCUCAAUCUACAUACGUUCUACAUACGUUAGGCAAUCUUUAAAUGAUUUGAAGAGUGUUAGAUAAAAAUUGCUUUAUACAGCUAAGGAGCUGUCAAUUCUUUAUAAAUGAAAGCACAUGAAUUCCUACAUCCUA